GUCUUCUCUUCUGGGGCCGGCAUCUUUAGUGUGGGAACCCAGCUGUGACAGCUUGCGGCUUCACAGCCGUGUACCCACUGCACAUGCUUCCGCAGUGUUUGGUGAUCUCCUGUACUAUGUCCGCAGUCUCUGGUCAUCUCCUGUAUUGUGUCCGCAGUCUCUGGUCAUCUCCUGUACUGUGUCCGCAGUCCCUGGUCAUCUCCUGUACUGUGUCCGCAGUCUCUGGUCAUCUCCUGUACUGUGUCUGCAGUCUCUGGUCAUCUCCUGUACUGUGUCCGCAGUCUCUGGUCAUCUCCUGUACUGUGUCCGCAGUCUCUGGUCAUCUCCUGUACUGUGUCUGCAGUCUCUGGUCAUCUCCUGUACUGUGUCUGCAAUCUCUGGUCAUCUCCUGUACUGUCCGCAGUCUGUGGUCAUCUCCUGUACUGUGUCCGCAGCAGUCUCUGGUCAUCUCCUGUACUGUGUCCGCAGUCUCUGGUCAUCUCCUGUACUGUGUCCGCAGUCUCUGGUCAUCUCCUGUACUGUCCGCAGUCUCUGGUCAUCUCCUGUACUGUGUCCGCAGUCUCUGGUCAUCUCCUGUACUGUGUCCGCAGUCUCCGGUCAUCUCC